AUGUUCAAUUCUCCAGUACCGGGAUUAAAGGCAAAAAGAAUAUAAGUCUUUAUUUGUUGCUUUAUCCAAUAUGCAAUGUUACAUUCUUGUCGUUCCACUUGGAGUUUCACAUCUGGUAUAUUGGCAAAACAAGAUGAUGAUGAUCAUAAAUAUGAUGACUAAAGAAUAGAUGACUUUGAUAAGAGUUAUUUGGCAGAUGUUAAUUUUGCAUUUCUAUUUACUUACGGUUCAUCAAUGUUAUUGUAAUCUACCAAUUUAUCACAGUUUAGGAUAAGUUGGAGACAGAAUAGGACCUAAGAGAUUCAUGUUAUGUGGUACCUUUUUGACUGGAAUUAUAUAAUUUUUGAUUGCAGGACUGUUUACAGUAGAGUAACAUAAUAGAUGGAUAAUCCUAACUCUAAUGAUAUUUAAUGGAAUAGCACAGGCUCCAGUUUGGCCAGGUUUAAUGGCAAUUAUGAAUAAUUGGCAAAGCAAACCAAACAAAGUCAUUAUAAUGGGAUAUUUCACUGCAUGCACUAAUAUAGGCAAUAUAUUAGGAGAUUUAUUUGCUGGCAUUUUUAUCGAACAAUUUUAAUUUAGUGUUAUAUCUCCCAUAUAUGUAGCAGCAGCUGGAGUAACAUUAAUGUCUUUCAUAAAUAUAUUUGCCAUACCAACAGAUUCAGCAAAAGAAUAUAUUUCUAAGUUUAGAAAUCCAAAUACUAAAUCAUUAGUUUAUAAAGAUGCACAUGCUGAAUAUAUGAGCAGAAGUGGAUCUAGGACUGCUUCUGUAGUUUCCAAUUAAGAUUUGGAUAUUUCAAAAAGCAACAUCGAUCAAUCUCUCCUAACUGUUGCUAGAAAUACUGUUGGAGAACCUUAAUUGUAACCAAAACGACCAAAGAAGGAUAGCAUUAAUAUGUUUUCUGCAUGGAAAUUACCUAAUGUAGCACUCUAUGCUUUUUCUUUUGGAUGUAUCAAAGCUGUAUUCUAUAUACUGGCAUUUUGGUUACCAAAUUAUUUAAGCGGACAAGAAUUAAAUGGAGUUGCAUGGAUUACAUAAAUGAUAGAAUGGGGAACUAUUCCAGGAUGCAUUCUCAUUUGGUAGCUCUGCUCUAUAUUUUAGCUACUCAGGAGUUUAUUGGAAUGUUAGAGCCAGUCUAAUAGUUCCUAUUCUUUGGUUAGGUACUGUUGUUAUGAUAUGUAUUGAUUAACUCAGAAAAAUCGAAAAUCAUAAACCUUACUUCUUAUACUAUUUAUUAGUAUUUCUAACAGGCCUUUUGAUUGGAGGAGUCUAUAAUAAUAUAUCUGGAGCUAUUGUCAUUGAACUAAGUAACAUGAAAGAAUUAAAAGGUUUUAUUUCUUAUUUCCCUUUAGGUAAUAAAAAAUCCACUGCUACUGUCACUUCUGUUGUUAUGGGUUAUGGUGCAACCUUUGCUGCUCUUAAUUAAUUGAUUGUUCCACAUCUAGGAGAUAAAAUAUUUGAAUAUUGUGGAUUAAAUGCUGUUAUUGCAGGAAUGUUUCUCAUUCCAUUAAUUAUAACCGAAUAUAAAAGAUUAAGACAAAAUAAGAGUUAAGUGCAAUAAUUAUGA